AUGUCCUGUUUUUUUUUUCUUUUUUCAGAUGGAAAAGUUUAUUUGGAAAAAUCAAAUUUGAAAACUAAUUGUACGAAAAAAGCAUUGGAAGAAUUUCCUAACGAUGUUUUCGAUUUGGAAACGAGGAGACGUGGAGCGAUCGUUUUACAUUGUUUUCUUGCAUUUUACAUGUUUGUUUUGUUGAAUUUCGUUUGCGAUGAUUAUUUCGUGCCCAGCAUCAAAACAUUAUGCGAAAGAUUAUCGAUAUCGAAAGAUGUUGCUGGUGCUACAUUCAUGGCUGCUGCAACUUCAUCUCCCGAAUUAUUUAUUAACAUAAUCGGUACGUUUGUUACGAAAGGAGAUUUGGGAGUUGGUACGAUUGUAGGAAGUGCCGUUUUCAACAUAUUAGCCGUACCUGCAUGUUGCGGUUUGCUAGGAGGUCAAAGUGUUAAAAUCGAUUGGUGGCCGCUGACGAGAGAUUGUUUCGUUUACGGUUUAACGGUCGUUUUAUUAAUUAUUUUUCUCAAUAACGGUUACAUAGCAUGGAACGAAGCUUUGAUAUUGGUUAUAUUAUACUUUUUUUACAUAACAGCCAUGUAUCAUAACGAUUCGAUAUCGAAUUAUGUUAAAAAUUUUUGGAGAAAGAGAAUAAAUGGGAGGAGACCGUAUAGAGAAAUAAAAAUAACUCAAGAAAGCAUACCAUUGUUAAAAUACAAGAAGGUUUACUAUGGGAGAGAAGAACAAGAUGUCGGAUCGUUCGUUCAGGUCAACGAAACUUAUUCGUCGUUAUUUAAAAACGAAGGAGGAAUGGAUUCGGAAUCGAAUGAAAAUUGUGGAGAAACGAUAUUCGUCAUACCAGAAGGAUUGGCAUCGAAAUUUUUCUUUUUUUUUUCAUUUCCCAUAUCGUUUGUUUUAUACGUCACCAUACCAGAUUGCAAAAGGAAAAACAAACAGAGAUUAUGGCCGAUAACGUUUAUCAUGUGUAUUGUUUGGAUUGCUGGAACUUCAUACGUCGUUUCCUGGAUGAUAACAGUCGUGGGUGAUACCUUAUCAAUACCUGAUUCCGUAAUGGGUUUGACUUUUCUUGCGGCUGGAAUGAGCAUACCAGAAGCGACAUCAAGCGUCAUAGUUACAAAUCAAGGUCAUGGAGGUAUGGGAAUAAGCAGUUCUAUAGGUUCCAACACAUUCGACAUUCUUCUAUGUCUCGGCCUUCCUUGGCUAAUAAAAUCGACAUUUUUCCCUGCUCAAUCGGGAAAUCAUUUAAUUAAAAUCAAUUCAAGGGGUUUAGGUUACACGGCUAUAUCAUUAUUGACGACUCUUACCUUUUUAUACGCAUCCUUUUUCUUUAAUCGUUUCAUAUUAGAUCGUAAAAUAGGUAUUCUUUGCCUUUUCAUGUAUUUAACUUUUUUAAUAUUCGCUUGUUUGAUGGAACUCAACGUUUUUUUUAUCGUUAACUUACCUCCGUGUGGAAGCUGA